AUGAAGAAAUUCUACGGCCUCAGGGGCCAUUCCCUGAACUGGGCUGUCGGCGUUAUUGCAGGCUGUGAUUUCCUGCUGUUUGGAUAUGACCAAGGUGUCAUGGGUGGCAUCUUGACCCUGCCCAUCUUCCUUGCUCAGUUCCCAGAUAUCGACCCGUCCGCUGGCCCAGACUCAGCUACCCGCUCCACGUACCAAGGCAUUGCCGUCGCGUCCUACAACUUGGGGUGCUUCCUCGGCGCUGUCAUCACCAUCUUUAUCGGCAAUCCCCUUGGCCGCAAGAAAAUGAUCAUGCUUGGAACCUCAAUCAUGCUCGUUGGCGCCGCACUCCAGGCUUCGGCAUACACUCUCCCUCACUUCAUUGUUGGCAGGAUCAUCACCGGCCUAGGAAACGGAGGCAAUACGUCCACCGUCCCAACCUGGCAGUCCGAGACUUCUCACGCUCACAAGCGUGGCAAGCUCGUCAUGAUCGAGGGCGCCCUGAUCACCGGCGGUAUCAUGAUAUCCUAUUGGGUUGAUCUUGGCCUCUCCUUCGCUCCUGGUUCCGUGGCUUGGCGAUUCCCUUUGGCAUUCCAGAUUGUCUUCUGUCUUUUCAUCCUGGCCUUCAUCCCGGGUCUUCCUGAGUCUCCUCGGUGGCUCAUCCUUAAAGGACGCGAGGAUGAGGCGCGUGAGGUCCUCGCCGCCUUGAGCGACGUGGAUGUCAGCGACAAGGUCAUCAACAGCGAGUUCAACGAAAUCAAGGACACCGUUCUCGAGAUGUCCAAGGGGACAUUCGCCGACCUGUUCACCAUGGGGAAGGACCGCAAUCUGCAUCGCACACUCCUCGCCUAUAUCAACCAAAUGUUCCAACAAAUUUCUGGAAUCAACCUCAUCACAUACUACGCCGCCGUCAUCUACAGCAACCUGGGCAUGUCCGACUUCAUGUCCCGUCUCCUCGCGGCCCUCAACGGCACAGAGUACUUCAUCGCCUCCUGGCCUGCAGUCUUCCUCGUGGAGCGCGUCGGCCGCAGGAAGCUCAUGCUCUUCGGCGCUGUGGGCCAGGCGGCCACCAUGGCAAUCCUGGCGGGCGUCAACUCGGACCCGAACAACAAAGGUGCCAACAUAGCGGGCAUCGUCUUCUUGUUCGUCUUCAACACGUUUUUCGCUGUCGGGUGGCUUGGUAUGACUUGGCUCUACCCUGCUGAGAUUGUGCCGCUCCGCAUCCGUGCACCUGCGAACGCGCUGUCCACAUCUGGAAACUGGAUCUUCAACUUCAUGGUUGUCAUGAUCACCCCGGUCGCCUUCGACACCAUCGGCUACCAGACCUACAUCAUCUUCGCCGUCAUCAACGCCUUCAUGGUGCCCUCCGUCUACUUCUUCUACCCCGAGACCGCGUACCGGAGUCUCGAGGAGAUGGACAGCAUCUUCCACAACGUCUCGCCUGGCUUCAAGGGCGUGUUCGAGGUCGUGCACCAGGCCAAGGUCGAGCCGAGGCGGUACGGCAAGAACGGCGAGCUGCUGGUCGACUAUUCCGAUACCGAGGAGGGCCGUGCCCAUGGACACGGUCUGGGGCGGCACGGCGAUGAGGAGAAGGCUACCACUAGCCACGGGGACAAUGGUUCGUCCUCCCAAGGUGGUAAUGGUGUGUUAGUGCAGCACGAUGAGGAGAAGGCCUAG